AUGUUUGUGUGGCAGAACGCAGAGGAAGCGCAGCAUCAGCCAGAGGCCUCCUCACAGCCCCCACACCCCACCUCCCCUCUGUGCAAGCCGCGCUGCAGAGCUCUGUACCAGUACAUUGGUCAGGACACCGAUGAGAAUUCAGCUUCGAAGUCAAUGACGUCCUUUGAACUGGCUCAAAGAAGAGUCCUCACUGCUUUGCCUUUAACCUGUCUGUACACUGGCCCUCUGCGGAACGGGCGCGCAGAUAGGCAGCAGCUAGCACAGGGAGGGGAGGGGGACUACUGUUUGAACUGCUCCUUCAAGACCGUCGGCUUCAAAUCACUUUUCCUCCCUCCAGAAUAA